AUGGCAACACUAUCGGCCGCAGGAGGGCCACCCAGCUCCGUCUCAUAUUCUCCUCAAGCUGAACAAGCCAUUGCACGAGCGCGGCGUCAGCAGGCCUGUAUGCUAUGCCAGCAGCGCAAGGUUAAGUGUGACCACAAAUCUCCUUGUGCAACUUGUGUCAAGGCGCGCGUACCGUGUAUCCCAGCCCAGAAUCUGCGCCGCCGAAAGCGUCGGUUCCCAGAGAGAGAACUCUUAGAUCGCAUUCGUAGAUAUGAGGAUCUUCUCACCCAGCACAAAAUUAGCUUCGAUCCCCUUCAUCCCCGCGUUCCACGUCCCGAUGUGGACGUGGGCAAGCAGGAGGUUCCUGAAUCCCAAGCUGACGAACCCUACGAUUCCGAGGACGAUGAGGAUCAGUCUCGAACAAGAACGGUCGCUGUCUCGUCUUCUCCCGCGCUAACAACCACCAGUUCAGAAGGACGGACAGUACGCCAGGCUAAGCGCAUGUUACACACCUUGAACCAAGAGUCCCGCGACCCUACUGAUGGAGAUUCCUCGGAUGACGAAGUACGUGGGGUUGUAUUCAAGAGAAUUUGGGAUCAGACAAUCAAGGAUGACACCCAUCUACUAUUCGGGUUUGGUUUUCACCAGACAACUGUCGACACGUAUACCUUGCACCCGCAGCCAUUUCAAAUAUUUCAACUGUGGCAGCUCUAUCUUGAUAACGUCGACCCGCUCCUGAAAAUCACCCACACCCACAGCCUACAAAAACGGAUCAUACAGGCCGCAACGAAUGUGCUGGCAAUCAAGCCCGAACUAGAGGCGCUCAUGUUUGGGAUCUAUUCUAUGGCCAUUACAAGUCUCACGGAGAAUGAUUGCCGAGCUACGUUUACGUCGUCUAAGGUGGACCUCUUAGCGAAAUUUCAACUUGGCUGUCAGCAAAGCCUGCUCAACAGUCGCUUUAUGCGGACCACGAAUCAAGACUGCUUGGCAGCAUUAUAUCUCUAUCUCUUUUCAGUUAGACCGACUACAGCUCCUCAAUCGCUAUCUUCUAUGCUUGGCGCUGUGACUCGUAUUGGUGAACGCAUGGGUAUCCACAGCGAGUCUACCUUGGUUAAAUACUCUCCGCUCGAGGCUGAAACAGGCCGUAGACUUUGGUGGUCGCUCAUGCUUUUCGAUUCUCGAAUUGGCGAAAUGGCUGACCUGCACGCCACAUCGCUACUUCCUACGUGGGACUGCAGAAUACCACUCGCAGUAAAUGACUCGGAUCUACGAGAAGAUAUGAAGGAGCCUCCGCAGGUCCAAAAGAAGUCGACCGACGUUAUAUUCGUUGCUUGCCGAAGUGAGCUUGCGGAUUUCGUUCGCCACACAAAAUUCCACCUCGCGUUCUUUGCUCCAGGUCUCAGGUCUAUGGCGACAGAGUCCAAGGAAAACACAGAAGGCACCGAAAUGGACAGUUUUGAGAAGAUGAUUGAAGACAAGUACCUAAAAUUCUCCGACCCAGAAAAUGCGCUUCAAUUCAUGACAAUCUGGACCACGCGAGGAAAUAUUGCGAAAUACCGUUUAGUGGAACACCACUUUAAGUAUUCUGGCUCGUCCUUGCACCAGGCUGAGACUCAGCGCGAAGCAGCUCUCUCUUAUGCACUUCGCAUGCUUGAAUGCAACACCAAACUGAUGACUUCGCCCCUUACUAAGGGCUUUAUCUGGAUGGUGCAUUCUUACUUCCCGUUCAUAGGGUAUAUUCAGAUAAUACAGUAUUUGAAAUGGCGAUCAAUGAGCAGCCACGCUGCUCAGGCGUGGAAUGUUAUGAAUGAUAACUACCAAGCACUGCUUGAGGUCCUGUCUGUAUCAGACAGCUUCUUCAAACUCUUGACGAAUAUGAUUCUCCGGGCAUGGGAAGCCCGUGAGAUGGCAUACAGAGAGUCAGGGCAGAUACUGGAGACGCCGCCCCUGGUUUCAUCAAUCCGGCAAGCGUUGGCGAUACAAACGCCAGAGUCAACUACCCAUGGCACUGCAACAACGCAUCCUGCUGUUGACAUGGAAUUUUCUGACUAUUCGACAUACUAUGACAUUGAUAUGGACCACCUGGACUGGUCGGCGAUGAACUGGGAUUUGGGGCGUGGUAAAACGUGCGCAUUUCGACAGGGAGAUCAGAAUCUGGCAACGGAUGCUAUGAUUUAA